ACCAUGUUGGGUUAGGGUUAGGGAUGGCGUAGGGUUAGGGUUGGGUUAGGAUUAGGUAGGUUUGGACUGGGCCUGCUUCACUUCCACCCUGCGCGCAGGCUGUGAGCAGAGGAAAGGAGAAGCCCUCAGAGCCGGCAGCAGUGUUUGGGAGGUGACUAUGUGCCUGGCCGUCCAGAGCAGGGCCCGGGUUCUGGGGAUCCAGGGUCCAUGACUGCUCACCUCUUGCCUCGCCUGCUUCCCUCUCUCUUCCAAGUACACCUGCACCUGUUGUCCAGUGACCUUGAUUCCUCUGCUCUUGGUUACAUGCCUCCCAUACAACCUGACUCCAUUGGUUCCCUGUCAGAUGGUGGACACUACCUAGCGUGGGCUUGGGCAGCAGCCGGACAGCUUUGGGCUGGCAAGAUAGGUCUGUCUGCAGAUGGCUUCUUUGGGAUGCUAGGUGGCACCAGAAGGGUCACUGCGCAAGGAAUGAAGGGAAGUGAUUUGCCUUCCUGUCCAGCCCUAAAGGCUCACGUUCGUUGGUCCACACAGGGGCCUUCAGGUAGUCGUUGGACCCACAAAUAGGAAAUGAACAUCUUUUGAGCUUAAGGCCCGAGUCUCAGAGAAGGGCACAGAGGAGAGGGACAGGACACCAUGACUGGUCCUUGGGGAACACAGGGCCUUCUCCAGCAAACCAUGCAGUGUCACAUGUUGAGACACGUCAAGCCGUCCAGACGCGUGGCCACCUUGGAAGGCCAGCCUGCCAGGCGGCUCAGGGUGGCACAUCUGCCUGGAAUACUCUGCAUGCAGCGCGGGCACCUUGGCUUCUGGAGUAAACAGUCAAGGGGCUCCAACCUCAGCCCGCGUGUGGUGUCGCGGCUGCAGGUCAUAGGCUCUUCCCUCAGGAGGGGGCGAGCUCCCUGGGGCAGCUUGGAACUGUUAAGUGGGCUGCAGUGUCUUGAGGAGCUGCUUGAGGCCCCACCCCUGAGGACCCACAGCAAGUCUGAGCUGGGUCUGUCACACCCCUGCCCCCACCGGCCAGCCGCAGGUGGCUUCCGCCGUUGCUGGGUGAGGCUUUAUGAGGCACUUGGGUUCCGUGGCUGCCGUGUGGCCUGGACAGGUCCCUCCACUGCUCAGUCGGCCAGCGCGAGUGCGAGGCGUGUCUUUGCUGCUCAGCCUGGUGUGACAGACAGGCAGGCAGCAGGGACUCUGCCACAGAGGAGCUGCUCGCUUCCCCAGGCCGGGGACACCGAUCCUCUGGACUCGGCUGUGGCCACACAGCGUGGGCCAGGUUGCCUGUGGUGGUUCCCCGGGAGCUGGCAGGCUUCUGUCUGAUGGGCAUCUGUUGCAAGAGCCAGAGACAGGUCAUCCCCGAAAACCUGGGCAACUCUGCAAGGAAGGCCUCCCUGCACCCCCUGUCCAGGGUGAACGGCUGGUCGCCGCCCCUGCACUCCUUCCAGGUGGUAUGCUGGACCAUCUUCCUGGUCAUGUCUGUCGCCGCCUUCGGGAUCUUCAUCCCCUUCCUGCCCCGGGACUGGAAGCACGCUGCCUACAUUGUGACUGGAUCCCUGUUCCUGUUCCACCUGCUGGUCCACCUGAUUGCCGUUACCAUCGACCCAGCCGAAGUCAACGUCCGGCUUAAGAGCUACGCCCAGCCUGUGCCCACCUUUGACCGGUCCAAACACGCACAUGUGAUCCAGAACCAGUACUGCCACCUGUGUGAGGUCACUGUGAGCGAGAGAGCCAAGCACUGCAGCUCCUGCAACAAGUGUGUCGCCGGCUUCGACCACCAUUGCAAGUGGCUCAACAACUGCGUGGGGAGCAGGAACUACGGGUUCUUCUUUGCCUCAGUGGCCUCGGCCCUGGGUGGACUGCUCUGCCUGAUGGUCCUCUUGCUGUACAUAGUCGUCCAGCACUUCAUCAGCCCCGACAAGCUCCGCACGGACCCCCUGUACAAAGAUGUCAGGUCUUCCAGCACGUGGCUGCUGUUCCUCCCGCUGUGGCCUGUGCCUGUGAAGACCCCCGUGGUCUUCCUCAUCCUGACGGUGGUGCUGCUGCUGGGCUCCACCAGCCUGGUCCUGCUUGGGCACCUGCUUGUGUUCCACUUGUACCUGAUGGCCAAGCACUUGAGCACAUUCGAGUACAUGAUGCAGGCUCGCUUCCAGCAGAAACAAGCGCCCACCAGGCGGGAAGGGCUGCCUCUGCCCACGGAGAAGGGGCGUCCACAGGUAGGCCUGCCCAGCGGCACCCUCGCCCAGGGCUGGGUGAGACCAAGUUUGCUGUGCAGCAGGGACCUGGUGGCCAUGCUGCUCUGCCCCACCACCCUGGGGCUCCGUGGCGAGUGCAGAGUAGUGGUGUGGGAGGGUGUGUUAUGUGUUACUAUGGUGUGGCAUGUAACAUGCGUGUGCAUGCAACGUGUGCUGUGUAUCAUGGUCUGUGCUGUGUACCAUGGCGUGUGGUGCACGUGGACUACGGUGUGUGUUGUGCAGCAUGGCGGGUGGUGUGCAGCACAGCACGUGUGCUGUGCCCCAUGUGGAGGAGCAACUGUGUCUCUGCUUCACCUAACAAGCCAGUGGGCUGACUGGUUUUCACCUGCCUCUGCUCCUCAUGGGGCUCAGCUGCCAGGGGUCCCUGGUGGUGGCUGAGCAGGUGGAGCCGGGGCUCCUGAAGGGUCAGCCACACAGAGCCUUCAGAGAGGCCCAGCAGCACCUGCACAGCCUUGCACACUGGGAUGAAGUGCUGUGCACCCUGGGAACACAGCCUGGCUCAACAUCUGAAAACCAGCGACUGCAGCCAGAGGUACCGACGGAGCGAAGGGCGGAGGCUGUGAUCACGUUGGGCAGCACAGAGACCAGGCUGGGUGCGCCGAGCUCCUCCUGUUAAGGGUCCUUUAGAGACCUCCACAGCCUGGGAGUACAGCGAAGACCGCCUGAGCAAGACACAUGAUCCCCGAGACCAGCACGGGCGUCCGAUGAAGUCCCAGCCACAGCCACGGGGAAAUGGGCAUGCAGAGCCCAGGGGCACCCUUUCCUCAGGCAACAUGGAGCCAAACACACAUGUUCUGGUAGAGAUGACCGCAUAGCUCACCAGGGACACAGGCGUGUGGCAGGCACGGCACCCUUGUCCCCACCUGCCAGCAGUGAGAAACCUGAGCUGUUUUAAAAUAAUUCCACGCACCACAUGAUCAGAGAGUCCUGGUGCGUGUUCACUGCUGGGAGCUGCUGGACUGAGCACAGGGACACAGCCUGUUAGACUGAAGCUGAGCCGUGUCACCUCAGUGAUCCACAACCUCACCUUCUCCCCAUGAACCUGGCUGCCAGGGCCUUGGUGGAAUAGUGACUGGUCCCACCAUGUGUGUGGAAGUUGAGGACCUGGCCACAGGCAGCCGGGACAACAUGACCCUCACAGGAAGACAGACAGAACACAAAGGAUGGAGGACCCUGCCCAACCUCUCACUCCCUGUCUGCUGACUCUUACAAGGGAGGUGAAGGGGAGAAGGGGUGAGUUUGCCAAGCAGUCCUGGAACAACCGGCAGACCUGUGGUCAUGAACACCUAGUUCUUCAUGCCUACACAGAACCUACUCCAGAACAGUCACGCCUACCCCACAGCCAAGCUGGACACUCCUAGAAGAAAAUGUGAGAUUGUCUCUGACGUGAGUCCAGCAAAACUUCCAUCGAUGUAACAUCAAAGUCCAAGUUCACUGAGAAAAAGUGACAAAUUGGACUUAAUAAAACUUAAAAUACUUGAUCUCAAGGGCUCCCUUAGAGAAAAUGAAAUACAAGACAUGCACAAAGUGUUUCCAUAGCACACGUUGUAUCCAGGAUUCACUAAGAACUACGCAGCUCAACUAUGAGAAGAAAGAUCCAGAUUAUACAAUGGGCUAAAGAGCAGAGCAAGUUCCUCACCCAGUGAAGACAGAUGAGCAUGGAAAGCAGUCUGAAGUCACUCAGAGGUGGGAACAGAACCUCACGCCACAGAGAGGCCACGCCAGCGGGCAGGCUGGAAGUCGGCAUGGCCAGCGGAGGCCGGGGAGUGGUACACCACAAGGAAGCAGCUGGCAUUGUUCACGAAACACACCAAGACCGCAGCACAUGGUGGCACACACUCAGGACGGCACACCAAGACUGCGAGUUCAAGGACAGCCUGGGCAAAACAGCAAGAUCUGGAAAAAGAAAAAGGUUCCAUGAAAACCUGUCCCAGGCCAGCUCCACACACCAGCGUCCACCCAAAGAAAACGCAAACGUGGGCACGAUAACCUGUUUAGGAAGGUGCCCUCCUGAAGUGCAGUCCUUCCCAAGGUCUGCUGCCACACACCAGGAAGUGCGCACCUGACGGCUAGGCAGAGACGACCUGCCCAGGCACUCGCUCACCCACGCCCGCUUUGCCCUCACAGGAAAAGGAGAGCGCCACCAGCUCCUCCACCACUGCCCUGGGGUAAGUCUGAGCUUCCUCAGGUGGGUGCUCAUAUCAGAGGAGGGACCUGCUGCAGAGUGGACAGAGCGCCACAAGAGGGGAGGAAGUGAGGGCAGGUGAGAGGGAGCUGCACAGAACACUGUGCCAAGGAGGACCCUGCAGCCACCUGUGGACUGUGGACACACACCUGCUCACUCACACUGUGACACCACAGGUCCCCUGCAGCCACCUGUGGACUGUGGACACACACCUGCUCACUCACACUGUGACACCACAGGUUCCCUGCAGCCACCUGUGGACUGUGGACACACACCUGCUCACUCACACUGUGACACCACAGGUCCCCUGCAGCCACCUGUGGACUGUGGACACACACCUGCUCACUCACACUGUGACACCACAGGUCCCCUGCAGCCACCUGUGGACUGUGGACACACACCUGCUCACUCACACUGUGACACCACAGGUCCCCUGAAGCCACCUGUAGACUAUGGACACACAUGGUCACUCACACUGUGACACCCAGGUCCCUUGCAGCCACCUGUAUUCCUUGGGAAGGACACAGACACAUCUGCUUACUAACAAGAUGACAUCUCUGGUCCUCCUGUAGUCUACCUUUAGACUGUUUUAUGGACACAGAAACAGCAUCUCAGUACUGCUCUAACACCUCUGGCCCUCCUGCAAUUUAUUCCUCUUUGGGCCUUCUUUUGCUUCUUCCUGGUUAAUAUCCUGAAGGUGUAUAGCUCUGCAGGCUCAUUUCCUCGGUACAAUAUGGUGUUCUGCUGCCUUUCUUCACUUCCUCCCAUCUGAUGUCUUACCUGAAGCAAUAUACACCUUCCUGUCUAGCACGGUGUAUUCACAGGGCUCCACGUGCUCUCUAAAGCAAGCAUCUUCCCCUCGGGGCUAUGCUUUUCUGUCUCGGUCCUCUCUGGGUCCUCCCUUAAUGUCUUAUGAACAGUGUCUUUGGGCUUUAUCUGCCACGGUUCUCAGCUCUUCCAGCAUCUAUCCUUUACCCAAUUCCAAAGCUGUUCCCACAUUCCCAGGUGGUUGUUAGAGCAGUUCCCACCUGCCCACUUCCUCUUAUCAAAAUGUUUUACAUUGCUAGGUAUGUGGUAUAAAGUCCCACCCACUGGGUAACUUUAAACAGUAGAUACUUACUGUCUUAACAUUCUGGAGACCAAAAGCUCAAAAUCAAGUCUUCAUCAGGGAUUGUUCCUUCUGAGGCUCUGAGGGAGGAUCAGCCCCUGCCCCUUAGUGGCUCCUGGAGGACCGUCUUCUCAUGCUGUUUUCUCUCUACACAUGUAUGUAUUUCUUCAUGCUAUCUUCUCUCUACAUGUAUGCCUCUGUGUCAAAUUGACCCUUUCAAAGGCCACCAGUCAUAAUGGAUUUGUGCCAACCCUAAUGACCUCAUUUCAUCUUGAUACCUUUGUUCAAACCAUCUCCAAAUAAUGUCACAUUUGGGAUACUGGGGGUUACUCUCCAACACACCAUUUCAGAGAAGGCACAAUCAGCCCAUAACAGCAAGUAUGUCAUCUGCUCCUGGCUUCCUGAUGUCUUCCCCUUAGGACACAAGUAUGUAUUAUGUUUAUAAUUUUAAAAAGCUAUGUUAAAAUAUUUUUCAUAUGUUUAAAACAUUUAAGUGUUUGGAUAUGGCAUUCCUAACCUGUAACAACAUUAAAUAAUUUUCAUCUAGAACUAGUUAAUAAAAUUUUAAAUAAUUUAUUCAAAUCCUCACAGAGAAGCAAAUGCACAUGUGCGCGUGCGCGUGCGCACACACGGACACACACACACACACACACAUACACACACACCCCUUACAGCCCUCUCAUCUCUCAGCUGUGGUCCCCUCUGAC